UCCCUGUACUCGUGAGAACUAGUAAAGUGUCCUUGUGGAGGAGACAACAAUAACAUCAUGAUGUCGCGGCGGCUGGUGUCCAGUUUGGCCCAGCUUUGUGUGCGGAGUCCACGCAGAAGUAUCCACACCUCGUCUGUGCGUUUAGGAGGCUCACAUCCGCGAGGACUUCCUCUAGGAGAGAGGACCUACAAGGUAUCCAUUGGACGCCCAGCCCCUAACGAUGUUAUGUGGAUCAUUGGAAAUGUACUACUUCUGGUUGGAUUUACACGGAUCUCUUACUUUAUGAUUGCACAUUUUGAUCACUGGACAGGCGGUCAUCACACACUUCCUGAUGCCUCCCAGUGGACCGACGAGGAGCUAGGUAUCCCCCCAGAUGGGGAGGGUCUGCUAAAAUCAGAAUCUAGCUAGCCGCCAUUAACGUUUACCUCUUCUGUAUACUGUACAUGUAUAUAAAAAUUCAAAGACUUGUUGACUGUUGUCAUGAAAGAAUUCAAAUAGGAAAAUUCAGUGCAAUUUGUGCCAAGUUUUCUCAACAAUGUUUUAACUGAAGAAGUAAUGCUUAUUUUGUGUAUUGUGUGCAUGAGAAAUUCAUCUAAGCGAAAAAUAAUUGAAAAAUAAUUGAAAAA